AUUUCGAAUUCGAAUAGCUUCGACCGCAAAGGGUUAAUAUCGAGCGUAUGUUAACCGAUUGUGAGAUCGUCGUAAAUGCAGUUGCACUUUCAUCGUGUCCGCUACUGGUAUCCAACGCGUCCUCCGCCGUGUAGAAUCAGCAGCAUCUAGAAAGAGACUCCGACGUUUCUUGCCGUUGUCUUUUUUAGCGUCGCGCGACAUUCGCGGUGACGCUGCGCUACCUUUGCCGCGAAAAGUGCACGACGUGAACGGGAAACGGUGCACAGACGCCCGAUGGUCCCGCGGAAGGCGGAUCGAAGCCGUUUCGGCGCUAAUCUCGUUAAUCCCGUUAACGAGCCGCGAUACCUUCGGCGGUCAGAUAGCAGAACGAUAAUGGUAUUCAAACAAUACCCGAUUAGCGCGAACGCACGACCCGUUGCGCAAGAUCGCUCGCGGUUUCUGCGACGCAGCGAAGAAGUGGAACAGAUCGUGUACUUUGAGCGCCGUCGCUGCUCGACGAGCGAGUAGCGAGAGUCAAGGAUUGCCGCCCGCCAAGAGAGAUCGAAUUUUUCGUUAUUUUGAUCGUCGCCGCUUUCUCAGGGAAGCUUCGUUCUUUCAGCCCGAAGAACGUUGGUUCCUCGAAUUUGAGAAAAACCGUGGACCGCAGGGAACAAGGCAGGACUCUCGAUCAUUUCGACGCAUCCGCGAUUCUCGCGCAGAUGUUUGUUGCUUCUUAGACAGAAUGAAUCAUUCUACCGGCUUGCGGUUUACGCGCGUACAAGUUGAAGCAUGCACGAUUGCAACGGAUUCGCUUGUACGCAUAGUCUGGAAAAAGAUAAGUUGUUGCAGCUCGCGCGCGAAGGACGAGGAAAGAACGAACGAACGAACAAUAUGUUCCGAUGGAUCACCGUUAGCUCUGGUUUCCACGCGGCGAGCACUGCGGGACCGCGGGAACCUUGAGUAAAAGUAAAAAGGAACGAGGAGCCGCGGGUUUUGCAAGUCAGAAAUUCGCAGGGAGUUCGAUCUGACGUAACGCGCGCCGCGAGUGGUCGCGCUCGCUCGAUAUAAUUUCCGGCCUGUCGAUUCGACGUUCGCUCGCCGACCAGAUUCGAACUAUCCUCCAAAGGGGAGAACGUAAAAGGAGGAAACGGUACGCGGCUCGAGUUAUAUCAAUAAGAGCUCGUUGUUCGCACGAGACCCGCGCUCCUUCCGCGUCGCGUCUUUCUCGCGUCUUCUUCGAUCUCACGAUCCCCCGUAAUCUCGGCCGGAGGAUCUCCGGCGAGUUAAUUAGAAACUUCUGGCCGGAUCGUUCCCGGCCCAAGCAGGAAACCCUUCUCCGCCUUGGGAACCGUAAUCGAUCGGGCCGCGCGCGCUUUUCGUCUCCAGUUUCCUCCGCUCUCGGGUUUCACUUAAUUGCUCGCAAUUGCCUCGGAGGACCACAGCGACCAUAAUCCUCGCAGACCGUUGCUCUUUUCGCGGCGUUCGACGGCGUCGAUUCGCGUUGCGGGCGUCGACGAACCAAACUAGAACCCUAACUUUCGAACUUGGCAAGGACGAGCAUUUCUUUCCCGGCGCUGACGGUGCUCGCCGCAGGCCGUGUAAACGCGAGCAGCGCGCGCCGUUUCACGGCGCUUUAAUAUCUUCGUGCAGGAGCUUGUUCUAAUCGAGCUAAUCGGGCCUAUCUACCGACAAGUUGUACAGACCGGAUCGCCGAAAGGUUCACACUCGUGCCAGCUCGCGUUCCCGUUCUCGCGUCUCGUGACGGCGAGCGGCGUUGCAUGACGCGGAUCAUUAAAGAUUCUCGGAAACGCGGCGCAGACCUCGAACCUCGAAUCUGCCACUCUCUCUCUCUCUCUCUCCGCGAUCCGCGCGAGCACCGCGAGGGAACAGAGGAAAAAUUAGAAUAACGACGAACGAGCGAAGAAGGUGGUCCCGGCGAAAAGCGCGCAGCUCCGGCCGUGCCGAGAGACGAUUGCAUCGUUGUUCUCGCGCACGUGUGUUCUCGCCGUUGCGACUUACACAAGUUGCACGCACCGCGCUCACCGUAAAUAGCUUCCGCGAUAUGUGUUGCGGCACGCCGCAAAGAAAAACCAUCGCGACACGCCGUUCGUUCGCACCCCCGACAUUUCCGCAAGCCCAUAGUUGCCCGAAGAGCAACGGGCCGAGCCUAGAACCCGGAUAUCGUUGCGUCGGUCUGCAUCCAACAGAGGCUUUCUGCAGCGAACAAUGCGACCGCUUCAACCCGAAAGAAAAGAGACAAAAGGUCGGAUCGAAUUCGAAGAAGGCAAUUCGGACGGCAUGGAACGGUCCAAAGUUGAAAAUCGUUUGCACCAGGUGCGAUCGCCCGCUCGCCGACGAGGCUCCGGGUGCACCGAACGCGGUUCUCGUUGAGAAUCUGCGCAGCGAACACGGCCCGAAGGCGAUCCGCCGUGAAGAAAGGCGAGGAGAAAGAGAGGGGCCAUCACCGCGGAGCGAGAACGCGAGGCAAUUACUUUGCCCCACCGUUUAAAUCGUUCGAGGAGUUUCGUUAUUACCUUUUUUGCGGGCAUUAAAGUCGGUCGCCUCGUUGGGCCUGUGGAUAUAGUUAAAACCGCGAUUUGCUAUUUUUCCCACGGUCUCUCUGCCGACACUCCCGGCCAAUUCGAUCGAGCGUUUCCCUCGGCUCGAACUUUCCCAAUCGAGCCUUCGCAUCCGGCUUCCAUUUUGCUUCCUCGAUCAUCCGUUUCGGGGGGUUCCGACCGCUUUCGCGCUGGUCCCCGACGUCCGGAAACUGAUCGCUUGCAUCGCUGCUUUCCUCGAGAGUGCAUCGUCGCGAAGGUCGCCAUCGUUGCUGGCUAGAUGCGACGGGCUUUCGACCUCGCGAGGUUGCUCGGCUUCGGGAUCGACGAUCGUCCACGAAACCGGAUGCCGUGACGCGGAAAACAGUCGCGGAUCGAAGCUCCCGCGACGCGUUUCAGUUGAUUGGAUUCUAUCGUGACGGAGAACAUGUGGCUCGGCGAUCCAAAUGGAGAUUUCACCGGGCACCGCGAUGGACGCCCGAUGCCGGGGAUUCUCGGCGUCAGGAAAAUGGAGCACGCCGAUCUGGCGGCCCUCGAGAAGCUCGUGCAUCCGGACACGUAUAGCGUAUUCGGCAACGUGAACCUCCCGCGCAUCUAGUACGCGUCCGCCAGCUUUGUCCGAAUCGUAAUCGAGCGGACGGCUCCUUGCCGCCGAGAUUACAGGAAACGUUGCGUUUCCAGCGAGGCGAGCUCCCUGUCGGUGGUCCAGUGGAACGAGAAACACGAUCUCGUCUCGGGCAUAUGUCUGUGCAAUUAUCCUAAUGUGCCGGCGGUGACUCCGGAGGACUGGCCGAGCUGGCAGCGCACGUUAUACGGGGCCGAGGACGUGACGGAAAGAAACACGCUAUUCAUGCACUUCCUCGCGUGGGACCACCGGUACAACGCCGACCGUUUCUUCGAGGAGCUCAUGAACGGGCUGUUCGCCAUCGCCCCGUAUCUCCUGCACGUGAUCCUCGUGAAUCCACCGCGGGUUAUACCAGGUGACCCCUCGGCGAACCGCAGCGAUUCUCCGUCGCGACGAAACCAGUCGGGCGAAACUGUUCUUUCGGCGGUCUCUUCCAGCGGGCGUGUUCGAGAAGCAGACGGUCAGGGUCCCUCCGAAGUGCCUGACGAACUCGCACGCGGUGCAGUCGCUGCGCAUCGUCUUCAGAUACGGGGAGAUGGUCCGGAGACGGAAGGUCCGGCUGGUCGUAGAGGAGGACAACGACUUGGUGGUGCCGCUGAUCGACGGGGAGUCCUCGCUGCUCAAGGAACGCUACGGAGAGUACUACGUCAGCGAAAUGGUUCGCUACCCGAACGAUUUCCGGCAGCUGAUCGUUUCCGAGGACGUGGACGGCCUGGCCAACGGCGUGAUGUUUCUCAACAGACAGGUGGACGUGGACAUGCUCGACGAUAACUUCGAGCUGGGCGUGUACAACGGCUUGAGGAAGCCUCGCCGGGACGACGUAAUCCCCGCAGGCAGCCUAGAACCCGCCAGCGAGACCUUUUUCUCCAUUUUCAACGAGAAGCCCGUGAGAACGCUGUAAGACCGACGCAGUCCGCUUCAAGACGAUCUCUUCGGCGUCCUAUUUGCAACGUCUUCUUCGCAGCUCCGACGUUUCGAGCGCCGUUUCUCCGGACGGCAGUGUCGAAGGUGUCGAGUUCGAGGGGAGUAGUUCCUCUAGUUCGUAUUCCACCGAUUCCGACAGGGACUCCAAAACGAAGUCAGUCGAUGAGGAUAAUCGCGCGUUCUUCCGGUGGAGCAUGCUGAUGCACGGGAUCGUGGACUCCGUCGACCCCGUUGCAU